GUCCAGGUCUCUGAAUCGACAAUAAAUUCAUCCUUCGCCGCAUCAAAGACUUGCAAAGAUGCCGCCAAAGCAAUCAGCACCGCCCUUCAAGGCGGACGAGAGGGUAUUUUGCUUCCACAUGGACAUGCUUUACGAGGCACGCAUCCUCGAGAUCCAGAGCGAGGACAACGACCUGUUCUACAAGAUCCAUUACAAAGGAUGGAAGAACACGUGGGACGACUGGGUGCGGCAGGACAGGCUGCGCAAGUUCAACGACGAGAACAAGGAGCUGGCUCACACGCUCAGGGAGAACGUCAAGGCACUCCAGGCGCAGGCCAAAGGCGGCGCCAGCGCCAGAUCAGCCGCAUUGAAGAAGGUAUCGGUGACUGCCGGAGUCGACUCUUCCAGGGGGAGUGAGGAGCGUACUGCACAACAGGCGACGUCGAGUGGAAGGGGCUCUAAGCGGCAGCGGGAUCACGAUUUAGAAGAGGUUGAACACCAAAAACACUCGGCUUCGGGUUGGCUAGGUAUGCAAGUGCUGGAGAGCCCGGUGUUGCCCUUUUGGUAUCGUUGCAAAUCCACUCACGGGGCUGGAAACAAACGCCGCGAGGGCGUACCAGGAAAUCUGCUUCAAAUCCUGCAGGAGCUUCAUCUGCACGACAACAACCAAGUGGGAUAA